AUGAAUGCUGCGGAACUAGAAGAGCUCAUAAAAACGGCUAGGGAUGGACAACAAGAUGUUUUAAACUUGAGCCAUCGUGAGCUCACCGUUCUUCCGAGUAGCAUUCAGAAGUUGGUAUUUGUCAAAAGGCUUUUGCUGAACGAUAACAAAUUACUGAUGCCGCCGACGGAACUGAUCGAACUAGAAAAUUUGCAAGUCUUAACUCUCGAUAACAACAAUCUCACUCUGUUACCCACUGGGUUCGGUCGUCUGAAAAACUUAUCUUAUCUGAAUAUUAGCCAUAACAAGCUCGCUUUCCUGCCGCCAGAAAUCGGCGACUUAGUCAACUUGAUCCAAUUAUGGGUAGUUGAUACUGGACUUAUAAACCUACCCCCGGAGACCGGUCUUCUGCGAAAUCUACAGAAACUUGGUGCUAGAGACAACGCAAUCAGCUCUUUACCCAAAGAGAUCCAUCAGAUGCGUAGCUUGCAAUGGCUAAGUUUGGCACGGAACAAUCUAUCAGAACUAACAGAUAGCUUUGGACGGUUGCCCAGUUUGACGUAUCUCGAUAUUAGCCACAAUGCGUUUGACCAAGUGCCGCCAGUUUUAGGCGAACUUCAGACUCUUGCAUCUCUUAGAAUACAAGGCAACGAUAUCACUACGUUACCGGAUGAACUGUUAAUCGGUCUUUCACGCCUCACUAAAUUAGAUUUGCGAGACAAUCCCAUGACUAGUAGACCACCUCAUUGGAAGGGUUUGGAAUUCAUACUUCUUGGACCGAGUCCAUCAGAAGAGUCUGUGGCGACAACGUCCAGUGAUGAAUGGGAUGAUGAUGAUGAUGAAGAGGUGGAUAUUCUACUGAGUGGUGAUGAAGAGGAAGAAGAGGGGGAGGAGGAAGAUGAAGACGAGGAAAAUGAUGCUGGACUUAGGGGGUCUAAUACAGUAGGAGAUGAAUAUGAUGCUCACAGAUAAAGUGGUUGUUUGUUGUCUUUAGUUAGGGGCCGACUAUUUGAUAUCCUGGGGGACAGGAAGAUUGAAAUGAAGCCUACUUUUUUUCCCCUAUCUGAUACAGAUUUUUUUUUUCGGCACACCUUGUCUCUAAUUUUUAAAUACAUAUAGUGUAGGAUUGUUUUUCAAGCAUUGUCAUAGAAUUUUCUUUUUUACAAAAUCUUCCUGCCCACACCCCCCCAGGAUAUCAAAUGCUCUACCCCUUACAUACUACCGGUAAUGUCAAAAUGAUAAAAAUUAACAUUUAGUUUUCUGAUGAUGACAACCAAUGCAUCCUAUGGGCCAUGAAGCUCACCUGUGACUCGAGCCUCAUAUUCAGAACCCCAGAAUCUGAUUCAAAAAUCAAAAAUCUUGUUCAGUCUAAAGAGGUAUCAAACAAACAUUGCAGAGGUAUUAUCUGAAUUUCACUGCUCUGUGGUUAUCUGUCACAACCACCCAAUCCCUAUCUGUAAAAAAAAAA